AUGUCUUCUUCAACCAAGAUGAUCACUCUCAAGAGCCACGACAGUGAAACCUUUGAAGUAGAAGAGGCAGUGGCUCUUGAAUCUCAGACGAUCAAGUACAUGAUCGAAGACGGUUGUGCCGAGGAUGUAAUCCCUCUUCCAAACUUGACAGGAAGCAUUUUUGCAAAGGUUGAACAGGCUACGCUUUUCAAACUCAUAUUAGCUGUAAACUAUUUGAAUAUAAAGAGCUUGUUGGAUCUUACCUGCAUGGAAGUGGCGGAGACGAUGAAGGGGAAGACACCAGAGGAAAUUCGAACAAUGUUUAACAUUAAGAAUGACUUUACUCCAGAAGAAGAGGCGGAACUUCGUAGAGAGAAUGAAUGGGCUUUUGAAUGA